GCUACAUAUUUUUUUGUAAAUCAGUCGUUUUGUGUAAUAUUGAUGUGUUUUGUCAAUAUUGAUAUUAGGGUGUGAUUUGCCGGGGGGGGGGGGAUUAUUCCCCCUCUGCCUCUAUCCUCCCAUGAUUAAUGGCCAUCAAACGGCCAUAUAAAUGGCCUAAAGUAAUUUAAUAUUAGUAAAAAUGCUGCCACGCAAUAGUACUAAAAAAGUAAAAUCAGGAGUAUUACUGUCAGCGCUUUGGCUCCUGUGGCAAUCAGAGGCGGCCUUAGCUAUGUUUCAACCGUUUCAAUUGAAACGGGCCCCGCCCUAAAGGAGGGCCCCAGCCCGGCGCAAGAAUGUUUGAACGUGGGGCUAUGAUUCCUGCACGGGGGAGCUCACAUUGUCAGUGCCUGUGGAUGUUAAGCAAUCACAUAUCUUUCAUUUUAAAUCAAUUAAUUUCUGCUCUUUAUUUUCUCUCGGACGUUCAUACGCGCUUUAGCCUGUAGAAAUCGGAUUAUUAAUAUGAAAUGAAUGUAUUUUAUAAAAAAAAUAUAGAACUGCAUUAAUAUUUAUUAUAUGUCAUUUAAAUUAUUUUUAAAAGUAAUUUCUUUCAUUUUUAUAAAUCAAUGUAGAAUCGUUUACAGCAGCAUCACAGUGCUUCAUAAAAACUCUAAGAAAACGUGCACAUGUGGAUAAUUCUAGAGGUUUAAUUAUUCUUUAGCAUCGGGAUCACUAGACGAGAGCUUAAUAGCCUUAUUUUUGUGAAAACCGACAUUUCUUAAAUGUGUUACCUGUCGUAUUCAUUCCGACAAAUUUUCUGUCACAAAUGGAGAGAAUAUCAAUUUGAAGUAGGCCUACUCAUCGCUAUAUGCCCUAUUUAUUCCCUUCAAAUAUCAGAGCUGUGCAGAGAGUUGCGCAAUUGUGUCUCACUGCGAGAACUGUGACCGCUAAAAUACACUUGGAGAAUAGAGCAAUGAAAGCAACGUCAUUUUCAUUUUAUCUGGAGUGAAAGUUUAAGCGGCUCCCUUCCCGAAGUGCCCUUCAAGGGCGCAAAAACGCAGUUUUGAAUUCGACCAUGCUCUCUCUCAUCAGGCUUGUCUGUGCAAGUGCGAUUCCAGGUUUUUAAUAAUACAUUAUUUUAGGGACUGAUUUCAAUGGGUUUUUUUUUAAAUAAUAUUAUUGGAUUUUAUACUAACCUUAAUGCAGUAUUUAAUUGUAUUUAAAAUAUGUGUAUAACAUCUGUGUGCAUUUACUGACUGCCUUUAAUAUAUUUUGUGCAUGACGGCAUUUUCCUCUAACGCAACAUCCACACAAUGUUCCAUUAAAUGAACAUAAUGACCAAGAACUUUAGAUAAAUGAGGGGUGAUUUUUUUUUUACAGUGGCUUGGAAAUCGUCUAUUUUUGUUUUGCUCCCGCAUAACAAUGUAAACUGUUUUUAUAAUAGCCUAUUGAACAUAGAUGCCGUCAGCUCUCGUUCAGAUUUUUAUUGAGCACGAGGUGACAAAAUCGCUGGACAAAGAUAAACUUAUCAGGGAAUUCUCAGCACCCAAACACAGAAAGGUGGAUUUCUAAUAAGGUUUAGGUGAAAUCUACGCUCGCCGCCAGGUGAGCUGUCUACGGUGCUGAAAAAACGCGGCCCAUCCUUAUUUAUAAGUUCGGUUCAGUGUCAGUCAGACACUUGUCUUGUUUGCUUUUGUUAAAUAAUUCAAGUUUAGGGGAUGUUUGAGAUGUUUUUUUUAAAGUCAGCCCAGACAGCUGAAAAUAUACUGCGCAAAUCAAUUAAGCAGAGAAUUUAGCGUCCAUGAAAGGGCGAGGCAACUAUAAUUGUAUAGUUGUAAUUAAAUAAGGUUGGAUCAUUUCUUUUGAGCUGCCUAAGCUAAAAGUGCACGUAAUAAAAUAAUAUACCAUUGAUGCAAACCAACAGGAAUCCUUGCUUUUUGCUCUAUUAUGCUUAUGUUUUAUGUGGGUAGGGCCUCCUAUUAGUUAUUGAAACGGGCCACCAGAUGCUUAAGGCCGGCUCUGGUGGCAAUAGGUCAUCAAACAGACUAUUAUCUUAGUCUGACGUCUUGUCUAAGUAGACAUAAAGCCUAUUUAUUGUUAUUUUGAGAGUACGUUGUCCAUUGCAUUUUUUUCUAUUAAAUAUUAUGAUCAUAAACAAAUGUUUUUGCAUGUUUGGGGCAAAGCAUAAAGAAGGAAUGCAUUCUGGCAUGUAAAAUUCUGGUUCCGUAAUUGUUUUAUUUAGUUUCUAUAAUGGAGCCGCCAUCUUAGACUCCUCUGUAUUCAGGAGAGAGUAUUAGCGUAGCACUUUCCUUUUUGACGUAUGACAAAUUCGGAGGGCAGGGGCAUAGAGCAGCAGCAGAGUAGCCUCCGUAGGCUGCGUAAGCUCUCAUCCUGAAUGCGGACACGACUAAGAUGGCGGCGCUACCGGAAGGUAGUUAUUUACGUUAAUAAAGUUUUAAAUAUGGAUAUUUCUACAACAACACCGCGCGGAUUACCCUCAGAAGACCUUUGUUUAUCAUCCUGGAGCCGUUUGGAUUUAUUUUGUGAAGGAUGGACGCACUUUUUUUGGACUUGAAGGUCGUGGACCCCGUAACAUUACAUUUUAUCAACUGAAAGAUCUAAAACUUUAAAAUUUUCUAAAAUAUCCGAAAAUGUGAGUAAAUCAUGGGUUUAAUAUCAUUUUUGGCCGAACUAUCCCUUUCAGGGUUUACAUUUCCCACAAAAUUUAACUAGAAAGCAUCACCUGUUGACUUUGGCGGAUUUGCCAAGGUAUGGUGUAUGUAACUUUACAUAUUUGCAUUCACAAAGACUGGGCCUGGUCUUCUGAUUGGUCAAAGAUUUUCUGUUUCGUUUUGGUUGUUUUUUGUUUCCUAUAGAACAACAUUUGAGAGCAUACACUGGCAUCAUUGUGGACUUCUGGUCAACAAGGUUGUAUCGUGUAGAUUUUGUGUAGAGAAAUGAAGGAAACUGUUUCUGUAUAUCUGUUUCUGUGCCUCUGUGGACUGAGCUCCAGUUUCUAUAGAAGACACUUUUAUGUGACGCAGCGAAUGCAAUGGAAUGAUGCACAGACGUACUGCAGAGAGAAUUAUGAUGACUUCUCCACUACUACCAUACAAGAGGUAAAGAAGAUGGCAAGUAAUACAAAGCUUAUUGAUGGAUAUGUUUGGGUUGGAGCAUACCAAAACCCUGCAAACUCCUCAGAAUGGUUUUGGUCUGGAGGUGAGAAACAACCAGUUGAACAGUGGAACCCUGGAGAACCAAACCUUCUGGAUCGUGAGAAAUGUGCUAAUAUAUAUAAAGGGAAAUCUGGACUGACCAAUAAUCCGUGCGAUAAGACUUUAUCAUUUUAUUGUAUGGACUACUAUGAAACGAUAGUGGUACAGGAGAGUAAGACAUGGGAAGAGGCUCUGGACGACUGCAGACAAAACUACAUUGAUCUUGUCAGUAUCUUCUCUGAGAGGAAUAUGGCAGAGGUGAUAAAAAACAUCACAACAUCACAGACAGCUUAUGUAUGGACUGGACUUCGAUUUUUAGCUGGUGAUUGGUUCUGGGUCAGUGGUGAUGAUAUUGGAUAUGAAGCCUGGUCUGUGGAGGGGGAGCUUCAGUGCCCUACCAAAAAUCUCAAGUGUGGAGCUUUGGAUAUAAAAAAUAAGGUUUGGAAACCUGCAGACUGUGAGGAGAGAUUAAACUUUGUCUGUAUUAGGAAUUAAAUAAACGGUCUGAUGUAAUGUGAAGAGCCUUAUAAGCUCAACCAUCCCUUACAUUAUUAAAAAAAAUGUCAUAUAUAUAAUCUAUCUAAUAAGUCUUUGAUCCAUAAAAAUUUAUGGUUAUAGACAAUGUAUAAUGUUUUUAAAUUAUUCAUAGGGUGCAUACUGUAAAAUGUAUAUAAAAUAAUAUUUAGUGUUUAA